GGAGAUGCAGGUCCUACUGGGGCACGAGGCCCUGAAGGUCCUCAGGGGCAGAGAGGUGAAACUGGGCCACCAGGUCCAGUUGGCUCUCAAGGUCUUCCUGGUGCAAUGGGAACUGAUGGUACACCUGGUGCCAAAGGCCCAACGGGCUCUCCAGGUGCAUCUGGACCUCCUGGAUUGCCAGGGCCCCCUGGAUCUCCAGGACCUCAGGGUAGCACUGGACCUACGGGAAUUCGAGGCCAACCGGGUGACCCAGGAGUUCCAGGUUUCAAAGGAGAAGCUGGCCCAAAAGGGGAACCAGGGCCACAUGGUAUUCAGGGUCCAAUAGGCCCACCUGGUGAAGAAGGCAAAAGAGGUCCCCGAGGUGAUCCAGGAACAGUUGGUCCUCCAGGCCCAGUGGGAGAAAGGGGUGCUCCUGGCAAUCGUGGUUUUCCAGGCUCUGAUGGUUUACCUGGGCCCAAGGGUGCUCAAGGAGAGCGGGGUCCUGUAGGUUCGUCAGGACCUAAAGGAGGCCAGGGGGACCCAGGACGUCCAGGCGAACCCGGACUUCCAGGUGCUCGGGGUCUGACAGGAAAUCCUGGUGUUCAAGGUCCUGAAGGAAAACUUGGACCUUUGGGUGCUCCAGGGGAAGACGGCCGUCCAGGUCCUCCGGGCUCCAUAGGAAUCAGAGGGCAGCCUGGGAGCAUGGGCCUUCCAGGCCCCAAAGGUAGCAGUGGUGACCCUGGAAAACCUGGAGAAGCAGGAAAUGCUGGUGUUCCUGGUCAGAGGGGAGCUCCUGGAAAAGAUGGUGAAGUUGGCCCUUCUGGUCCUGUGGGCCCCCCGGGUCUGGCUGGGGAAAGAGGAGAACAGGGACCUCCAGGUCCCACUGGCUUUCAGGGGCUUCCUGGUCCCCCAGGGCCUCCUGGGGAAAGUGGAAAGCCGGGUGAUCAGGGUGUUCCUGGAGAUCCUGGAGCAGUUGGCCCAUUAGGACCUAGAGGAGAACGAGGAAAUCCUGGGGAAAGAGGAGAACCAGGAAUAACUGGACUCCCUGGUGAGAAGGGAAUGGCUGGAGGACAUGGUCCCGAUGGUCCCAAAGGCAGUCCAGGACCAUCUGGGACCCCUGGAGAUACAGGCCCGCCAGGUCUUCAAGGUAUGCCGGGAGAAAGAGGAAUUGCAGGAACUCCUGGCCCCAAGGGUGACAGAGGUGGCGUAGGAGAGAAAGGUGCAGAAGGCACAGCUGGAAACGAUGGAGCGAGAGGUCUUCCAGGUCCCUUGGGCCCUCCUGGUCCUGCAGGUCCCACUGGAGAAAAGGGUGAACCUGGUCCUCGAGGUUUAGUUGGCCCCCCUGGCUCUCGUGGCAAUCCUGGUUCUCGUGGUGAAAAUGGCCCAACUGGGGCUGUUGGUUUUGCUGGACCCCAGGGUCCUGAUGGGCAGCCUGGAGUAAAAGGUGAACCUGGAGAGCCAGGACAGAAGGGAGAUGCUGGAUCUCCUGGACCACAAGGGCUAGCAGGAUCCCCUGGCCCUCACGGUCCUAAUGGUGUCCCUGGACUAAAAGGUGGUCGAGGAACCCAGGGUCCACCUGGUGCUACAGGGUUUCCUGGUUCUGCUGGCAGAGUUGGACCUCCAGGCCCUGCUGGAGCUCCAGGACCUGCAGGACCUUUGGGAGAACCGGGGAAGGAGGGACCUCCAGGUCUUCGUGGGGACCCUGGCUCUCAUGGGCGAGUGGGAGAUCGGGGACCAGCUGGCCCCCCUGGUGGCCCAGGAGACAAAGGGGACCCAGGAGAAGAUGGGCAACCUGGUCCAGAUGGUCCCCCUGGUCCAGCUGGCACUACUGGGCAAAGAGGAAUUGUGGGCAUGCCUGGGCAGCGUGGAGAGCGAGGCAUGCCUGGCCUGCCAGGCCCGGCGGGCACACCGGGAAAAGUAGGACCAACUGGUGCACCAGGAGAUAAAGGUCCACCUGGACCUGUGGGACCCCCAGGCUCCAAUGGUCCAGUAGGGGAACCUGGACCAGAAGGUCCGGCUGGUAAUGAUGGUACUCCAGGACGGGAUGGUGCUGUUGGAGAACGUGGGGAUCGUGGAGACCCUGGGCCUGCAGGUCUGCCAGGCUCUCAGGGUGCCCCUGGGACUCCUGGUCCUGUUGGUGCUCCAGGAGAUGCAGGACAAAGAGGAGAUCCGGGUUCUCGGGGUCCUAUAGGACCACCUGGUCGAGCUGGGAAACGUGGUUUACCUGGACCCCAAGGACCUCGUGGUGACAAAGGUGAUCACGGAGACCGAGGUGACCGAGGUCAGAAGGGCCAUAGAGGCUUCACUGGUCUUCAGGGUCUUCCUGGUCCUCCUGGUCCAAAUGGUGAACAAGGCAGUGCUGGAAUCCCGGGACCAUUUGGCCCAAGAGGUCCUCCAGGCCCAGUUGGUCCUUCAGGUAAAGAAGGAAACCCUGGGCCACUUGGGCCAAUUGGACCUCCUGGUGUGCGGGGCAGUGUAGGAGAAGCAGGACCCGAGGGCCCUCCUGGUGAGCCUGGUCCACCUGGCCCUCCGGGUCCUCCUGGCCACCUUACAGCUGCUCUUGGGGACAUCAUGGGACACUACGAUGAGAGUAUGCCAGAUCCACUUCCAGAGUUUACUGAAGAUCAGGCAGCUCCUGAUGAUAAAAACAAAACUGACCCUGGGGUCCACGCUACCCUGAAGUCACUCAGUAGUCAGAUUGAAANUCAUCCUUCUGACUCCCAGGUAUGUGAUCUCGACAUGAGAUGUGGACCUUGUGCCUCUUCGGGUGAAUACUGGAUCGAUCCUAACCAGGGAUCUGCUGAAGAUGCAAUCAAAGUUCACUGCAAUAUGGAAACAGGAGAAACGUGUAUUUCAGCGAACCCAUCCAGUGUACCACGGAAAACUUGGUGGGCCAGCAAAUCUCCUGACCAUAAGCCUGUUUGGUAUGGUCUUGAUAUGAAUAGAGGAUUUCAGUUUGCUUAUGGAGACUACCAGUCGGCUAAUACAGCCAUUACUCAGAUGACCUUCUUGCGCCUUUUAUCAAAAGAAGCCUCUCAGAACAUUACUUACAUCUGCAAAAACAGUGUAGGAUACAUGGAUGAUCAAGCUAAGAACCUCAGGAAAGCUGUGGUUCUCAAAGGGGCAAAUGACUUAGAAAUCAAAGCAGAGGGAAAUGUUAGAUUCAGAUACAUAGUUCUUCAAGACACUUGCUCUAAGCGAAAUGGAAAUGUGGGCAAGACUGUCUUUGAAUAUAGAACACAGAAUGUGGCACGCUUGCCCAUCAUAGAUCUUGCCCCUGUGGAUGUUGGCGGCACAGACCAGGAAUUUGGUGUAGAAAUUGGGCCAGUUUGUUUUGUGUAAAGUAAGCCAAGAUACAUCGACAAUGAGCACCACCAUCAGUGACCACCACCGUUCACAAGAACUUUGUUUGAAGUUGAUCCUGAGACUCUUGAAGUUACGGCUGAUCCUGCAUCAGCACUGUAUAUAUGGUCUUAAGUGCCUGGCCUCCUUAUCCUUCAGAAUAUUUAUUUUACUUAUGAUCCUCAAGUUUUAAUUGAUUUAAAAUAUUUUUCAAUACAGCAGUUUAGGGUUAAGAUGACCAACGACAAUGACCACCUUUUAAAAAAAGUAAACUGAUUAAAUAAAUAAAUCUCCGUUUUCUUCAAUUUAUUUCAGUGUAAUGAAAAAGUUGCUUAGUAUUUAUGAGAAAAUUCUUCUUCCUGGCGGGUAGCUUAAAGAGUGGGGUAUGUAAAACCACAACACGUGUUUAUCUUGCUUGGCUGCAGUUUGAGAAAUAGAAAGUAUUACCCUUUUGUCCCCUCUCAUUCCCAGAUUAUCAGUUAAAAAUGAAAUCAAAAUGUUUAACUUUGUGAUUGAAACCCAUGUGCAUGUCUUGACAUUGCAUAUUAUUAAGACUUUUUAAAGAAAAUCUUUUAGAAAUGCCAGUUUCUCACUGACUUAAGUGCAAUUUUAAAAUAAUAUAUAUCCAAUGGAAUUUCAGGAGAAAAAAGUGAAAUUACUUCAAUGUCUUAAAUCUUUGUAAAGGGUGAUAAGUUUAGACUUCUUUCUCAUUCAAAUUUAAAGGUAUCUUUUCCCUCUCGAUUCAAUCUAUCAUUACAGAUAGAAGUUACAUGAGUAUACCAUUGAAUACAUUUAUACCUUCUUAUUUAAGAAGACAUUGAAUGCAAAAUACUUUACACACACAACUUGAUAAACACAUGUCCAGGAACCAAAGUUGAGACUCUUUCACAUGUACAAUCUCAUCAUCCUGAAGCCUAUAAUGGAGAAAAAGAUAUAGAAACUCAGAGUUGUGGAGCUGACUCUAGUCAAAUGUGAUGAUUGGAAUUAGACCGUUUGGCCUUUGAAUUUUCGCAAGAAAAAUGACCCAACAUUUCUUAGUAUGAGCUACCUCAUCUCUGGAAGCUGGGAUGGACUUACUAUUCUUGUUUAUAUUUUAGAUACUACAAGGUGCUAUGCUUCUGUUAUUAUUCCAAGACUGGAGAUAGGCACUAGAGCUAAAAAGUAUUAUUGUUAUUAUUCCUUUAAUGAUGGUGCUAAAAUUUUUUUCUAUAUAAUUCUUUAAAAAUAAAGCUGGUUUCAUCAAAUACCAUUUGUGAAAACAUAACUGUUAGACUUCCCAUUUCUGAAAAAGCAUUGUUCCUGUGCCUUUUCACUGUUCCUCUGUCAAACUGUAUCUGGAAUGCUUUGUAAUACUUGCAUGUUUCUUAGACCAGAACAUAGAGAUCUUCCUUGUGUCUCAAGAUUUUUUUUAAGUUGCAUUUGUUGGCUCCAUUUUUAUUUUUUCUUUAGAAAUAAACAGCUGGGACCAUCCCAAAGGACAAUCCAUGCACACAACUUUGGUCAUGUAUCUCUGCAAAGCAUCAAAUUAAAUGCACGCUUUUGUCAUGUGA